CAGUUGUCUCUUCGGAACGAUUGAUUACAAGCAUUCAAGAAUUGAUGAAGUUGAGGUGACAAUGUCUUCAGAAAUCAAUGUGAUCAAUUUUGGUGCAGGACCAGCAAAAUUACCGAAAGAAGUUCUUCUAGAUGUCCAGAAAGAAUUCCUAUCAUAUCAGAAUGAAGGUAUGGGUAUUGUCGAAAUAAGUCAUAGAAGUGAGGAAUAUGCUAAAAUCAAUAGUAGUGCCCAAAGUACAUUGAGAGAAUUGUUAAAUGUUCCAGUCAACUACAAAAUCCUCUUUAUGCAUGGAGGGGGUCAAGGUGCAUUUUCGGCGAUCCCCAUGAACCUCAUGAGCCGAACCGGAAAAGCCGAUUACUUAGUAACCGGCACGUGGUCUUCAGUAGCAGCCAAUGAAGCCAAAAAGUACGGGCAAGUGAAUAUCGUCAAUGCUAGGAUCCCAGGGGGCAUCCCUGAUCCAAAAACCUGGAAGUUGAACUCGGAUGCUUCGUAUGUCUUCUAUUGUGAUAAUGACACUAUUGACGGUGUUGAAUUUCCAUUCAUUCCCGAAACCGAAGACAUACCCCUGGUAGCAGAUAUGAGUUCAAACUUGUUAACCAAGAAGCUGGAUGUUUCGAAGUUUGGUGUAAUUUUCGCAGCCUCUCAGAAAAACCUAGGACCAGCUAGUGUGGCUGUGCUUAUAGUCCGUGAGGAUUUACUGGGGAAUGCAACAGAAUAUUGUCCUUCGAUACUAGAUUUCACAAUUCUUAAUAAAAUGGAUUCUAUUUUGAAUACCCCACCUAUUUUCUCAAUAUAUGUUAUGGAUAAAGUUUUUCGUUGGAUCAGAAAAAGCGGUGGUCUGACGGUAAUGGAAACUCUUAGUGAACAAAAGAGCAGCCUGGUCUACAAUACAUUGGAGCUCCAUAACACUUUCUACUUUUCUCCCGUCGGAAAAAAUGCGCGAAGCAGGAUAAAUAUUCCUUUCCGUAUCGGGAAAUCUAACGGAGAUGAAGAAUUGGAGAAUCAGUUCCUCAGAGAAGCCGAAGAAAGAAAUAUGCUUCAACUGAAAGGUCAUCAUCUCGUCGGUGGCAUCAGAGUCAGCCUUUUCAAUUCCAUCACUGUGCAGGAAGUGAAUAGACUCAUUGAUUUUAUGAUUGACUUCCAGAAACGCAAUGCAGCGUAAGCGACAUUGGAUGUUUUUUUAAGAAU